CGUCGUCCAUUUUUUUUUUCCGAGAGUACCCUCCUCCAUUUCUAAUCCUCCUCGCACCUCCGUCGUCGUCUAGGGAUCGAGCCGGUGGAGAGCGGUGAAGAUGAUGAUGACGCGGGCAUCGAUGGGCGCCAUGGAUGGGGCCGCGUUGGAUGAGGUGGUUCGGCGGCUCGUCGAAGGGGGCCGCGGCGGGCGCCAGGUCCAGCUGUCGGAGGCGGAGAUCCGCCAGCUCUGUGUCGAGGCCAAAAGGGUGCUCCUCUCGCAGCCCAACCUCCUGCGCAUUCCCGCGCCCGUCAAGAUCUGCGGUGAUAUCCAUGGUCAGUUUGUUGAUCUUCUGAGGCUGUUCGAUUUGGGUGGCUAUCCUCCAACUUCGACUUAUCUUUUCCUUGGAGACUACGUGGAUAGAGGCAAACAAAGCUUGGAAACCAUAUGUCUGCUUCUGGCGUAUAAAGUGAAGUACCCUGAUAAGGUUUUCCUGUUGAGAGGAAACCAUGAAGAUGCAAAAAUUAACAGAGUUUAUGGUUUCUAUGAUGAAUGCAAGAGGAGAUUCAAUGUUCGUCUGUGGAAGAUAUUCUGUGAUUGCUUCAACUGCUUGCCUAUGGCAGCGCUUAUUGAUGAUAAGAUAUUCUGUAUGCAUGGUGGCCUCUCACCUGAAUUGAAUAGCUUAGAUCAAAUUAAGGAUAUUGAGAGGCCUGUUGAAAUUCCUGACUAUGGUCUUCUAUGUGAUUUGCUUUGGUCUGAUCCUAGUUCUGACACACAAGGGUGGGGGGAGAGUGACAGAGGUGUUGCUUGUACUUUCGGUGCGGAUAAGCUUGUAGAAUUUUUGGAGAAGAAUGAUCUUGACCUCAUUUGCCGAGCUCACCAGGUGGUAGAGGAUGACUAUGAGUUCUUUGCAGAAAGGAGAUUAGUCACCAUCUUUUCAGCUCCAAACUACUGUGGAGAAUUUGAUAAUGCGGGUGCUUUGUUAAGCAUAGAUGAAAGCUUAAUGUGUUCUUUCCAGAUCUUGAAGCCAAAAGAAACAGGAGCACCACAUUCAAGAAAACCAAUUUCAAACAAGGUCAAGCGGAUUGUCAAACACGAUGCGACCUAAAGAAUUAUGCCAAGAAAUCCUAUGCAACGUGACAUCGCAACUAAUAGACUCCACAUGGCAAUCAUCAAAUUCAUCAUAAAUGGGUAAAUCAUCGCAUGGGGAAGUCAUACUAGCAUGAAGCAUGGUAAUAGGUGGAUCAACAUCAUGCAAGCAAUCAAUGUCAAGAAUGUCCACUAGUGAGACCAGAGCAUCACCUUCACCUAUGUUACCUUACUCAUUCCACUCAAGUGGUGUAGGUGAGGUGGGAAAGAUCAAAUGGUGGUCAAUGUCAUCAUCUUUAUGGAACCAUGUCGCAGUCAUCGCGAAUCGGCGCGUCAUCAUAUAUGGGACCUAGCACCAAAUGAAAGACACAAUA